ACAUAAAUUCAGUAUAUAUUAAACUUAGUUGUUCAAUACUUGUUUUUACAACUCAAAUCAUGUUCAAGUAAUUAAGGUCGUCACUUGUUGUUCUACGCUAAAUUGAUCUCUACCAAUUAUUAGCAUCAGAAAAAAUAAUUUAUGAUGAAAAUGAGAAUAGUUUUAGUGCUAGUAUUAUUAUUGGUAUUUCAUUGCGCAGAUGCAACAACAUUUACAGUUGGAGAUGCAUUGAAUUGGGUGGAUCCUCCUACUCCAAUGACUUAUUCUGUUUGGGCUUCGUCCAAUGUCUUUGUCAUACAUGAUGUUUUAGUAUUCAAUUUCAACAAUGGAAGCCACAACGUAGCAGAAGUAACAAAAAGAGCUUACAAGAAGUGCAACACAAGUUCCCUAAUCUCCCUUAAUCACCAUUCCCCAGCAAGUAUUACCCUAAACAGAAGGGGUAUAAGAUACUUCAUUUCCACCCUCCACAAUGAUUGUCAAAAUGGUCAAAAAUUAGCCAUAAACGUUCUACAAAACUUGCCACCGUCGCCUACGCCUACACCGCCACCGGAAAUCGCCCCGGAAUUAAAUAAUCCUGCUCUUCCUCCUGGUGUUGCUACUCCAACUAAUACUGUUGUUACAACUCCUCCGCCUUUAACAAGUUCAGCUCGGCCUUCAUACGUUGGUCCUAAUGUUUUUUGUCUAACUUUAGUGGUAACCCUUAGUUUGGGGUUACUUUGUCAAUUUGUAAUUGCUUAGUUCUUGAAGUUUUAAUUGUGGUUGAUUGAUUAGGACAUCUAAUUUCAAUUGAUAUUGCGAAAUAGUAAUUCACCAAUUUUAAACGAUCCACACUAAAUUUAUUGUGGAUCAUGCUUUAAAAAAAGGGUAACAACUUGUGCCUAAUUUAUUUUGGCAUGUAUAUUAUGAUUAUUAUGAAAAAAAAUAUCAAAUUACAUUGGUGUGGUUGACACAUGUUGUGCUUGAAUAAUGUGAUUUUAAGUCACAAUUCACUUUAAAAAACAAAGGAUUAUUAUAUCUAAGAAUUUUGGUAUUUAAUUUAUAAUAGUCACUAUAUGAGAAAUAGAGGUUACUAUGUAUGUAAAAAGGGUGAUAGAUAAAAUUAUUGGUUUUAGGUCCACACUAAUAUUAUUGCGGAUCAGAAUCAUGCAAGAAUAAUCCAUCGUUUUGACAGCUUUAUAAUGCACCAAACUCCUAAUUGGGUACUCCCUUUUUUCCUUUUUGUUUGCCACAUUUGCCAUUUAGUCUGUCACUAAAAGAGUGACGCGUUACCAUAGAUAUUCAUAGGGUUUACAAAUUACUCUUACAUAAAAUAAAUUUUGUCCCACCAUUUUUAUCUCUUUCAAUUUCACUCAACCAACUUUUAAUAAAACACUUGAUGUGAAUGGAUCUAUUGGCCUAUGGCACAUUUGGUCUUACAGAAACAAUGCAGUUUUUGAUAUAAAGAUGGGAAGUAUUGCAAGCUUUUAUAAUAAGUUUUGGGCAGAUUAUACUUUCUCUAACAAUAUGGUGCAGUGUGUAGACUCUGAUUCUGGAUCGAGUUCUUCUCAGCCUGCACGAGUUUGGGCUCCUCCUCUAAAAUCUUUCUAUAAGCUGAACAUUGAUGGCUCGUGUAUUGACAUUAAUAAUGCCGGAGGUGGAGGGGUGCUAAGGUGUGUUAAAGGUCUCUGGCACAUUGGUUAUUCUAUCCACUUUAAGGUCUCCUGCUUCUGCAGAGCUGACUGCAAUCAAAGAAGGCUUGCUUAUAGCCCGGGAAAGGAAAAUCACUCAUCUGGAACUAGAGAUUGAUGUCAGCACCUUGAAAUACAUGCUUGAAAAUCCAGCAGGUUAUCGGGAUCACCAGUUAGCCCAUUUGAUUAACCUUUGCUGAUUAACCUUUGCUGAAAAGGAACUGGUCUGUCAUGAUCUUUCAUGUGAAAAGAGAUGCGAACAAAGUUGCUCAUGGUCUGACUGAGAUUGGGUGAAGAAUGUCAAUAGCCAAGACUUAUCACUUCCAACC